GGCGGUGGGCGCCGAGACCUUGGCGUCCUCCGAGCACAGCCCGGGGAGCAGCGGCUUGAGAGGCUCACAGGAGGGUGGCCGGGCUUCCCUGGACUCCGAAGGACGGACGUGGCCCAUCCCCAAAUCGUCUUCCUGUGCUGUUGCGGCAGAAUUGACGGGUAGCCAGCAAUGCGAGGGGAUACUGCAGAGCACGUUGUCCAUUUGUAUAAGGACAGUGAGACGCAAGGGUUUACAUGGCUCGUCUGUGGCAGAGCUGAGAGUCGGAGCCACGGAGAAGAUCGAGUUGGAAAAAAAUUGUGCGCUUUAUACUCCACCUCACUGUGAUGUUUUAUGUAUCAUGACAGAUUAGUAAUUUUUCCGUAAAGGCCUAAUCGUCAUAGCCAGUGUGGAUAUAGUACACUCCCGAGCUGGGGGUACUUGAGGGGAACUGCCCCUUGCAGGUGCUCAUUUUUAAACGGGGUUCCAGCUCUGUCCCUUAGUAGACAAGCUGCCACCUCUCAGAACUAGAGCUUGUUCUCAGAUCAAGCUCGGUUUGCUGCAGUACUCAGAGAAUUUUUGUUUUGAGAUAUUAUUUGGAUCCCCGAGAAGGUACAUCUCUGGCAAAUCAUGACUGGAAUCCUCCCAAUUUUUAUUAAAAUCCUGCUCAAGAGUGUAGUUGUAUAAAUACCAAAAAUCUUGUUUAAAAAGAAAUUUUUUUUUUUAAAACAUGCAGUUCAUCAAAAUUCGUGUUUUCUGUCUCACACCAUGUGCUAGCCUUAGCAGUUCCCAGCAAAGUUAGUGAGAAGGUCAGUUCCCAGACAACUGGAUGAUUCUCACUGGGGAAACGGACUCGUAGGUAAUAAAGAACAGCUCGCCCUCCUGUAAUCUAUGUGCUGGUACAAAGAAAGCUGAUCCUUUAAAAGUCAUAUUUGAAAUUUUAUGAUUGGGUUAAGUGUAGAAAUUCUUCAAGUAAUCUCAGGUGGUCUAUUUUGCUUUAUUGUUUCGAAGGUGCGGUGCUUCAGUACAUCUGUGACCAGGCCAUUUGCCAAGCUCGUGAGGCCACCCGUUCAGGCCCACGGGGUCGAAGGUCGCUAUGCCACUGCUCUUUAUUCUGCCGCCUCCAAACAGAAGAAACUGGAUCAAGUAGAAAAGGAGCUAUUGAGAGUGGCACAACUUCUGAAGGACCCCAAAGUGUCUCUUGCUAUUCUGAAUCCCUAUGUGAAGCGUUCCAUUAAAGUGAAAAGCCUCAAGGACAUCACAGCAAAAGAGAGGUUUUCUCCCCUCACGUCCAACCUGAUCAAUCUGCUUGCUGAAAACGGCCGCUUGAACAUUACCCCGGGAGUCAUUUCUGCCUUCUCGACCAUCAUGAGUGUCCACCGCGGGGAGGUUCCUUGCACGGUGACCACCGCCUCUCCCUUAGACAGCGCCUCUCUUUCUGAAUUAAAAACGGUCCUGAACAGCUUCCUACGUCCCGGCCAGGUGUUGAAGUUGGAGGUUAAGACUGAUCCAUCGAUCUUGGGUGGAAUGAUUGUCCGUAUUGGUGAGAAAUACGUUGAUAUGUCUGCAAAAUCAAAGAUUCAGAAGCUGAGCAAGGUUAUGCGAGAGACUGCGUGAAAGUGUUGAUUUUCCAUCACCAGUGAAAAUUCUUCAGCUUGGAGCGUCAAUAAAAUGCUUCCUGAACAGACCAUAUUAAGUGUAUUGUUUUUAAAGCAGAAAUACAGUGAGCCUGAUACCUUUUUUCAGUAUCCCCUUCAUCUACAGGUUAAAAAUCCCUUCUGGCUGGAGAAUUUGGUUCAUGUGGAUUAUUGUUAGGAAGUGAUGGAAGUUUGUGUCUGUCAGGAAGGAUGUUGCUUAUCGAGGCCUCUUCAGACUUCAGGCGCUGUAAGUGCUAAAUGUAUCUUACCUUAUUCCUUGGUCUCUGAGCCCGGAGCCUGGAGAGGGGCUCAGCCUGCAGGUGGAGCAAAGGUACCAGGGAGCCAGGCAGGUCGUC